UACCAUAUUUUGAAAUGUUUACCAAAAAUAAAAAUCAACACUAAAUGUAAUAUAUGAAUUAUUACUAUAUUUUAAAAGAUUUACAAAAAAAUAUAAAUCAACAUUAAAUGUAAUUAUCAAUGUCAUAUUUAGCUAUAUGUCAUUAUCAAUUUUAGUAAUUAUGUCAUAUUUUUUUUUGUAAAAGUGAUUAUAGAGAGAACAUGUGGUAAAUUGCUUUUUAAAUAACAUCUAAGGAUUUUUUUUGCUUUCAGGCCUCAAAUAACAUAUAGUAGCCCAUAUAUGAUAAGGACUUUCACAAAAUCCAGUCACCAAUCGAGUUAGCAAGUUAUAUAUAGAGAGAGUAUUUAAAAGUUGCGAGGUUAAGUAUCUUUGAAUGACACACUUAAAUAUAAUUUGUUUGAUUUUUUGUUAAUAGAAUGGUCAAUGAAUUGAAUGUUUCCUACUAUUUUAGUGUCAUCUGAAGAUAUUCGACAAAUUUAAGUAUUCUAAAAAAGGAAAUUAAGAUUUACAAUAUCAUAAAUGAAAAUUUGGUCUUAUCGUUAAGUGCAAUAUUUAGUUGCAUUCUUACCUUAAUUUCCCAAAGAAAUAUUGACUUGCUAGUGAAUUGAUAAGAUUGUCAUUAAACCCUAAAUCAAGGAGUCAAACAUGAAUAUUUUUAAAUUAAUAGCUUUAAAAUACAAAAGGAAUUGUAGGACUGAAAAAUCUAAAAUACAUAGAAAAGAUGGUUUUGACUUUUGAUCUGUAAGCCUCAAAUGUUUAAUUAUUAGUUUAUGGAAGAUGUUUGCAGCCUUUAAAAAAGUUUAUGAAUUUUGGAUAAUAGCAAAAAUAUUUUUAAAUAUAAUAAUUAUAAAUACUAUAUUUACUCUCGAUUAAAAAAUAGGAGUACUGUUUUUAAUAAGAAACCCAAAUAACAUGGUCUUUUAAAAAAAAAAAAUUCGAAAAGCUAGCUAUAAAAAUUAGUCUCCCUAAUUUUCAGGCAAAUAACAUCUACAAAAUCUUGAUAAAUAUGGUGAUUUCCGAAACUAAAUCUAAUUAGAAGUGUAUAUUUCCUAAACUAAAACAAUUCUAAAAACUACAAAAUAUUUUAAGGUUUUAGAUAAUGAUUUUAAAAAGAAGAGAGAAAAAGACGUGUUGGUCAGUGUAUAUAAAUACCCUGUUCUAGUCUUUUAGAAACGGACAACCCAAAAAGGAGCAUAACAAACAAACAAAAAAAACAGAACAAGAGGACGAAAAUGAAGCCAAUGACAAUGCUCUUCUGUCUCAUCACGAUGUUCCUAAUAGCCUCCGCAUAUUCCAACACGGUGAUGCGUCUCGACAUGAUGCACCGCGACACACUCUCCCCGAUACAUACACCUUACCAUCGCAUUGAAGACAUUUUCGGCGAGGACAAGAGGCGUCACAGCCUCAUUUCUCAGAAAAUAAAAACAACCAAAAGUGGAGCGAGAAUGUCUCUGGGAUCAGGUUUCGACUUCGGAGCCGCGCAGUAUUUCUCGGAGAUUAUGGUCGGAACGCCGGCGAAGAAGUUCCGGGUGGUGGUGGACACAGGGAGCGAGCUGACAUGGGUGAAUUGUAGGUUCCAAGGUAAAGGAAAGGAGAACCGUGAAGUCUUUCGAGCAGAGGGGUCGUCUAGUUUUAAAACAGUUGGAUGCAUGACAAAGACUUGCAAGGUUGAUUUGAUGAACCUCUUCUCCCUCUCCAUUUGCCCUAACCCUCAAUCUCCAUGCUCUUAUGAUUACAGAUACGCAGAUGGGUCAACAGCACAAGGUGUAUUCGCUACGGAUACAUUCACACUUGGCCUCACCAACGGCAGCCCUACUAGUAUCCCUGGCCUACUCAUUGGCUGCAGCAGCUCCACAAAAGGUGACAGCCUCCGUGCAUCGGACGGUGUUCUUGGUCUAGCCUUUAGCGAUCAGUCCUUCACUGCAAAAGCCACUAACAUCUUCGGAGGCAAAUUCUCAUACUGCCUCGUUGACCAUACUUCCAACAAAAACAUCUCCAACUAUCUCACCUUCGGUUCUAACCCCACGUCUACCCUCAAACCCCCCGCAAGACGAACCGCUCGGCUUGAACUCAAUCUUCUCCCUCCCUUCUACGCCGUCAGCAUCGUCGGAAUCUCCAUCGGAAAUACCAUGCUCAACAUCCCUCCCGUAGUGUGGGAGGUAAGAAAAGGUGGUGGGACCAUCUUGGACUCAGGAAGCAGCCUCACGUUCUUGGCUGAUGCGGCGUACAAGGCGGUUGUGUCGGGGCUGGAGCGUCACCUUGUCGGCGUGAAAAGAGUCAAACCAGAAGGACUACCAAUGGAGUAUUGUUUUGAUACCAGCAAGUUCGACGAUAGCAAGCUGCCGCAGCUGUCGUUUCACUUCAAGGGCGGUGCUCGUUUCGCGCCUUAUCGUAAAAGCUACCUAAUAGCUACUGCUUCUCCAGGAAUCAGGUGUUUAGGGUUUGUGCCGGCCGGAGCUCCGGCUCCUAAUGUCAUCGGGAAUAUAAUGCAGCAGAAACAUUUGUGGGAGUUUGAUCUUGCAGCCUCGACCUUGUCUUUCUCUCCUUCUACCUGCCUUUAGAUAUAUUUAUCUUGGCGUUUUAUUACUUGACAAUAUUAAAAAAUUGUUAGUGAAAGAUCAAAUAAUGUUCACAAAACUGGUUAAGGCAUUUUCACUUUAAGAUCAUUUUCGUUCUUUCUAAAUGAAUUGGAGUUUCACUCAUUUAUCCUUUUGAAAAAGAAUAUUGUAAAUAUAUUUUAUUAUUAAUACUUUGUAUUAGCUCUAAUAAUGUGUUGCACAAAAAAAGUUCUAAUAAUGUUUGUUAUUUUAUAAUUUUACAAAUUUUAUCCAAAAUAAUUAUAUUUUAACAAACUUUAUUAUAUACAUAAAUUUAGUCUUUACAAAAAUAUUAAAUUAUUUUUAGAAAUUUAUAAUUGUAUUAUGAAAAUAUUAAUAAUUUAUUAAAGCAUAAAACACAAAUACUGAAUUAGUUUUGAUACAAACAAAACUAUAUAAAAAUUGAAAGAUCAAUUUAUAAAUAAAAAGCUCUGCUUGGCUUGACCUUUCCACUCGACUCACUUAGGGUCAGCCUCUCUUGCUCUUGCUCUUGUUCACUCAAGACUGUUUUGUUCAGUCUCUGUUUUUGUUCUCACUCACUCUCUCUCUCUCUGAGUGGUGACGUAGAGAAUUAAAGGGAAUAGUCAAUUCCUAUUAUUCUUUAAAAAUUAUACUAUUUAUGGAAAAAAUUUCGCUGCAUUUGAUUCUUUGUCAUUCCUUGAAUUUAAAAAAACUAUAGAAAAAAACAUUUUUUUAUCAAGUGAUAUGGACCCAAAGGAUUAAAUAUUUAUUUUCAUUGUUCUUAUUCAUUCUUUUCCUACUUAUUCUUAUUCUUAUUUUAAUGGUCAUCAGUUAGACUUAGAGCCAUUUGUUUUGCAUGUUUUGCAUUCCUACCUUAAUUUUCCAAAAAAUGUUAGACUUGCUAAGAAUUGAUCACAACUUAAGUAAUCUAAACGAAUACUGUAUUUCUAAAUUAAUAGCUUUAAAAUAAAAAAAGUAAUUAUAGGACUUAAAAAACUAAAAUACAUAGAAAACAUGGUUUUGACUUUUGACAUGCUAGCCUCAAAUGUUUUCUUUUUAAUUUGCGGAAGAUGUUUGAAGCCUUUAAAAUAGUUUUUGAAUAUUGGAUAAUAACAAAAAUAUGUUAUAAAAUAAUAAUCAUAAAUAACAAAUAAACUCUCGUUGGAAAAAAUAGGCUUUUUAAUAAGAAACCCAAAUAACAUGGUGUGUUUUUGUUUUUAUUGUAGCUACAAAAAUGAGUCUCCCUUUUUUUCAGGAAAACCACAUUUUCAAAAUCUUGAUAUAUAUGGUAAUUUCAGAAACUAAAACAAAUCUAAAAACUAUAACUCAAUCAAGGUUUUUAGAUUUAUGAUUAAAAAAAGAAUAGAGAGAGAAAGGCGUGUUGGUCAAUGUAUAUAAAUACUCUGUUUUAGAAACGGACAACCCUAAAAGGAG